AUGGCGUACCAGCUCGUGGAGGUCGGGACCGACGUGUCUGCCGUGGAAGAGGGCAGUGAAGGUGUAUCCAGUUCCAUUCAAGACGUGCGACAGCCACCUCCGCUGGCCUUUGCGAGGCCAAAAGAAGAGGCAAGACCGCCGAGACUGUGGAAUCCCGUACCCUUGAAGCCAACUCCAAGCAGGCCUUCUGGCCUUCCUGAAGCUUUCGCCGGACGCAAGCGUGGCAGACAGAGCUUCGAAGCUGAUGCCGUGGAUGACAGCCCGCAAGGCCGUGAUGUUCGGCAAGCUGCCCAAAAAAGGCAGGCUGGGGAGCAGGUCUACUGGGGUCUCGUCAGAAGCUACAACCCAGCAAGAAGGUCCGGUUUCAUCUACUGUCCCGAUGUGAAAGCAAGUUGUGGGCAGGACGUAUAUGUUUUCGAGAACGUGCUAUAUUCCGGUGUCGCGGGACCUGGUGAUGUAGUCGCUUUCUUCAUCCACGUUUCCAACAAAGGGCUUCCACAGGCGUCGCAUCCAAUGCUUCGACUCAGGUGUUUCGUGGAUGGCGCAUACGCACUGAGCGGUGUCUUCAAACGCGGGAGCUUGGGGUAUGGCUUCAUAGAAAGCGAGGUUGUGAAAGCUUUUUUCGGCCGUGAUGUCUAUGUGCACAAAGACCUUGCUUGCUCUGUCGCACCUGGUCAGAUGGUUAGCUUCAACGUGGUUCUCAACGCGCAGGGCAUGCCGAAUGCUUCUGACAUGGCCGAGUGUGGCCGAGACUGGUCCCCUAUUCCGCCAGAUCUCUCACAGCAAGUCGAUCUUGCAGCGGAAGAAGUCUGGGCCGCGCGGGCUCAGGUCAAAGUGCAAGGUGUGGAAGCCCACACAGGAAGCGAGCUCUCCUCUCGCCUUCCAGGCUCUGCGAGGCCUGUCCCAAGUGGCAUGAUGAGCUCUGGCUUCAUCAAAUCAUUCAAUGAUAGUAACAACUAUGGUUUCAUCGACUGCGAGGAGGUCAAGGCUUUGUACGGCUGCGACACGUUUAUGCACGGCAGAGAGUUUGUUGGCCACUACGUUGGCGAGACAGUGCAAUUCGAAGUUGGGCUUUCGCCGAAGGGUCAGCCACAAGCAAUCAAUGUGCGUUCACUCACAGAUGGCUGUCAACAACAAGAGAUGACUCCGCCGCCACACAAGCGGCAGCGGCUGGACACAGGCAGGCACACGAGUCCAGCAGCUCCAGGGCAGGCUCUGAUGGUAUUCUCGGGGACCGUGAUCAGCGUCUUUCCGGAGAGCGAAUGUGGCUUCAUUGAUUGCAAGCCGGUCAGAGACCGUUUCGGGCAUGAUGUGUUCGUGACGCUGCAAGUCCUCGCUCAAAGCCUGGCUGGACCAGGAGACCUUGUUGCUUUUGGCCUCUCGUUGUCAGACGAUCAGAAGCCUCAAGCUGCCAACCUGUUGCGGUUGAAAUGUAGCACCCCGGGCUUCGCCUUGAAAGGCGUUUUCAAGACAACUGCAAAUGGACACUGCUUCGUCGAAUGUGAGGAGGUCAAGACCUUUCUGGACCGAGAUGUAUACGUUGGCAAGGAAAUAGCAUCGAAGCUUGCGGCUGGGUCGACCGUCUCUUUCAAUGCAGUGCUGAAUCGUGAAGGGAAGCCGAAUGUAUCCGAUGCUGCCCCUUGCGACGAACUAUGGGAGCCCACCCCGGGCGACCUCACUGAACAAGUUAUGCUGGAGCCGCAGCAGCCCAAAACAGCGACAAAACCUCUUGGCACUGGCGAGGUUUCCACUGGACAGAUCAAGUCCUUCAAUCCUGGCAACAACUAUGGCUUCAUCGCUUGCGAGCAGGUACGAGCCUUGUAUGGUUGCGAUGUGUUCCUUCACGGCAGAGAGGUCACGCCCAAGAACUUGAACGUGGGCCAGAUGGUCAGCUUCGAGGUCGGGCUGAACCCGCAGGGAAAGCCUCAGGCGGUCAACGUGGCUCGCUCGGCCACGAUUUCCUUCGGUUCGGUUGCUUCUUCGUGCAGCCAUAUCCCGGCUGAAGCCAACAAUGCCUUGGUAUUCGACAAUGCCGUCAACAUUUCCAUCUGUUUCGUGGUGCAUCGCCACCUCGCCAGAGCUGGUGUCAUUGAGCAGGCCGCAGUGAAGGCGCACUACAACUGGAGCAUGUACCAGUCCCUCCUGGCAGCAACGAAACGAUCCUUGCACAAGGUGAAAGAGCGCCUCUCCGCUCGCCCGCUCGAAGACGGUUCCACCCCGCCAGCGUUCUUUGAAGUGGAGCUGCAGUUGGAUGGACUCGGGGUAUGCCUGCAGCCAUCCAUGGAAGACAUUCAGAGUGCCAUCAAUGGCGGUGCUGUGGCCUUGCUGAAGUGCUCCAAGAUGAUCGAGGCUUGGGAUACUGUCACAAUCCCAAGUACCGUGCAACUGCUGCUCAAUCCGAACCUGCCGCCAGUCAGUGGCACAGGGGCGCAGGGAACCUUCUACGACCGAGUGGCACAGGAUAAAGAAAUAUUGAAGGUGGUUCUGCUCCUCACUGGCAGCAUACAAAGUGCUCGAGAUGGCAAGAACAAGUACCUUAAGCAAUUUGAGCGUUGGAGCUGGCUUUGGAACUGCGACAUUGACGAAGAGUACAAGAAGUUUCGUGCAUCCGAGCCGACGUUGGAUGAGUUUGAGGCCAAACUGCGCUCUUUUGCUCGUCUGGACGAUGAGUUUCAACUCAUGGAGCCUCGCAGGCAAAUUUCCGCGCUCUCCCUUCAGGCGGGGAGCCUGGCACGGAGCCUGCGAGAGCUGGCCGGGCGCUGGAAGGAGUCCUUCGCUCGUGAGCUGCACACGCAGGCCUUCCACCGCUUGGAGGCCCUCAGUGAAGUCAUCAAGUCCACCAUGAAGAAGCUCAGCCGAGAGGUGGCAGACGGAGACAUUGAUGCGUUGGGCCACGUCAUGCGAACUCUGCGGGAGGUGAGGGAAAAACAAGGCGAAAUCGAAUUAGAGCUCGAACCGGUGGCCCAGAUGUAUGCCAUGCUGGAUUCGUAUCUUCCAAACAUUCUUGACAAAGAGGAGCAGGACGCGCGCAGCAUGCUGCAAUCAAGCUGGACGAAGCUCCUGGCAGAGAGCGAGACGCGACAUUUGGAGCUGACCGUCAAGCAGGUUCAGGCUCCGCGAGUAGUGAGCUUCCAGCAGCAUGAGCUGCCUGUACAGCAAGCGCCCGUCGCCAAAGCACCAGUCCAUGUCCUGCCGGGCGCGCCGAGACCUUUUCUUCGCAACGCCAACACUUCGUGUCACCCGCCGCCGCAGGCUCUGCACGCUGCACAAUCCGUGCAGAUGCCGCAGGCCUUGGAGGCGAGGAGGCUGGUUGCAAGGGUCGGAGAGACCUCUGCACCCUGUGCAGCUUGCGCUACAAGUAGCAAGGCAGCUGCACGUACAUUACGCUUUGCCGACGAAGUUCCGAGACAUGAACUACAAACCCGGGAGUCCGGGGAGAACCCCUUGUCGCUCCAGAUCCAAGGGCCUGCGCCAAAAUCUGUGCUUCGACGGCCGCAACAAGGCAGUCAGAGUCAAGCAGCCGGGGAUGCACGUGCACCCGACGGUGGACACAGCGCUGCCAGCGCAAGUGCAUGUACAGCCCUAGCAUGCCGAUCGGGUGGAUACAGUCGCAGAAGCGAUGCACAAAGCCUCCCCAAGCCCAACGGCAUGUCUGCUUCAAGACGACCUCUGCCUGAGCCAGAGCUUUUGGUCGUGAAGUUCCUGUACUUGUCGCGACUCCCAGCAGGAAGUUGGAUGCAGAGCCCAGCCCAGUACCAGCUCAGCCUUCACGUGGGCGAGGAUGCCCGGAGCGAUCCUCCUGAUCGACCGGGCCCCUUCAGCACCAGUCUCGUGCAAGCCGGCCCGCCCUUGGCGGUGCCGCCAGAGGAGGCACAGCUGAAGCAACGCAUUGCCUCGGCCGUUGAGGCCAUGGAGCGAAGUGCUUCGGGCCUUUCGGGCCUUUCGGGCUCGGGCCGUGCUUCGAGCACGGAAUGCAGGUUCAAAGCGCGUGUCACUGUUCGACUCAGCGAAGCUGGGCCUGGGCCGGCUGCCGGAGGUCCAGUCUACUUCCGAAUAGAUGCCUGGUCGCUGUGCACGAGCAGCCUCUUCGGGAGGCCAUCUCAGCCGGAACUCUUUGCACGCGCAUUUGUACCUAUUAACGACAGCAAGUAUCACCGACGAGCCUGCACGUGGCCGAUGAUUGAUGCCGCCGGCAACGACGUAGCCUACGUCACCUGCGAGUUUUCCUUCGCGCGAGUUCCUUCUCCGGUUCAGGAUUUACACGUGGAUGUCAUGGCGAAUGACGUGAAGCUGGCCUGGCUGCCUCCGGCCAACGAAGACAAAGCCGUCCCACUGAAGGGCUACCGCGUGGACUCUCGACUCCUGGGGCGGGGAAAGCGGCCGUCAGGAGGCGGCUCGUCUUGGCUGCACGCCGGAGACGUCGAAGCCCGUGAAGGAAGGGAAAACGUGUUUUUAGCCAACGGUUUGAAGCCGGACAGCCUCUACAUCUUCCGCGUCUGUGCAGUGAACGAAGUGGGCCUGGGCGAGCCUGAAGAGCUGGAAGUGCAAACGGGCCCCUGUGCGCCUGCUGGUUGCGGCCAGCCGCGCUUGGCUGGCUGCAGCGGACCUGUUCUGGCAGUGGAGUGGGAUCCCCCCAUGUACGAUGGCGGUGCCAACUUAGUUGCCUACCGUCUUUGGGUUAGGCCCUUCUCUGUUACCGAUGCAGAUCCGCAGGAGUGGCUUGAAAUUGGACAUGUGAAGCAUAUCCCGGACAGCGUGCAGCGGGCAGAGAUUCACACAGAGGAAUUUGACCAGCGAAUUGGCCGAUACCUGUGCAGAGUUGCUGCCAUCAACGCUGCCGGCGAAGUUGGACCCGCAACUGCCGAUGCCGUGUCGCUCACCCUUCCGAACCCAUGUGCAGUAUCGCGCCCAACGCCUGCGCCAAACAUGCCAUUGGCGCUGUCGGACGGGCACGGCUCAUUUGGUCCGGGCAUGUGGUCCAAUGCUGGGAGCAGCCUGCUGACAAUGACCAUUAACGAGCCUGGGAAAAGAAAGGUCACCGUUCCGCUCUUCAAGGAUGGUAUGUCUGCUAUGGACUUGCCUCUGGGGUACUUCGGUGGUCAUGCUGAUGGAGCCGGACAGAGCUCUUUGACUUCAGAGCAGGCUUCUGCUGUUGGGGCAGGCCAUGACCUGGCACUGCCAGAACGUCUGGAUGCAUUUUCCAGCUGGCCAUUGCCUCCAGACCUGGAGUCGCGACAUUGGUAUCACGAAGAUGCCUUUGGCUCAGAUCCGGGCUUUCAGGAUCCGCUCUCGCAGCGCGCCGUGGUGCCGUACAAGGCUGUUUCCGGACUGGACGAAGGCAGGGAAGUGAUGAACCAGGAGCUGUUGCAGAGCGUGCUGGAGGAGAAGCGGCUCUUGCUGGAUGCUAGCCUGCAGAACUUCCAGCAUCUUACCGACCAGCUGAGCCGAAGCCCGGAGAGUGAGACACUGCGCCAGCGGCAAGAGGAGUCAGAGAUUGAAGCCGCUGGCCUCCAAGCAGAGGUCGCUGUCUUGUCUCAAAAGCUCAGUGAGUUGGAGGCGAUGACUGCGCUGCCGUACAAUACGGGCAACGAUGAUUUAUACGGCUUGCUGCAUGGAGGACCGACCUCUCCCAAUGCAGGCACGUAG